AUGCACGGACGACGACCAAAGAGGAAGAUUCCCCGAACGGUGAAGCGGUCGUCUGCGUCGGCGUCUACAUCGCGACGAGAAGAAGACGAAGACGAAGACAACGCGGGACGAGCAGCAGAGGAUGCGUUUUUUGUGAAUUAUUUCGCCUACGGAUCAAACGUCGGCUCGAAAACGUUCUCCACGAGAAGGAACAUACAACCGAAACGAGUGCAAAACGGGAAGAUACUGGACUAUCAAUUGAGCUUUAACGUGCCUGGCGUCCCAUUUCUCGAGCCGGCGUUUGCGAGCGUUACGCGCCAAAAAGGCGAGGUAACACACGGCGUGUGUUAUACGAUCACGAAGGAUGAGUUUCAGUACUUGCUACAAACGGAAGGCUCGUACGAUGUCGUGGAUGUGGAUGUUGUUGUCUACGGCGAUAAGGAUAUUGAAGGGGUGUUGAUGAAAGCGAAGACGUUGACGCACCGCGACGUCGCCGCGAGGCGAGAUUUACAGCCGAGCAAACGGUAUCGAGAUUUGAUCGUGGAAGGCGCAAAAGAGAGAGGUUUGGAGAAAAGUUGGAUAGAGUUUUUGGAAAAGAUGCCUUAUUUUGAUCCAAAUGAGAAACCGUUGAAUGCGUUUGAGAUGAAGCUUUGUACGACGUGCACGAUAGUGUCGAGGGUGUUGUUGGCAGAAGCGGUGUUUUAG